UGGGCCCGCAUUCCCUCACAGGGCACUGAACACCUAUCCCCUUUCCCCUGCUGCAUGUGCUGAACGCUCGUUCGCUUUCUUUCGUUUUCUUCGUGUCUAGUCUGCUCGGGCAUUCCUGCGCUCCUCUUGCCUGUUUUUGACUUGCAUCGUCACCGAUAUCGAUACCGGUACCGCUCCUCCCUACACACGGCCCAACGCUCGCUAUCACGACACCCCCGCCUGAUCUGGCUCCCACAACACUGCAACAGCAACAAUGAACGUCAACAAGAAAUUCGGCCGCUUCAAGCAAUGGGCCGGCGAGAAGAUGGGCGGCGAAGCCCGCACCGGCACCUCUGAGGAGUUCAGGGCGCUGGAGAUGGAGAUGGAGCUGCGUCAUGAGGGCAUGGACAAGAUGCAGAAAGCCAUGGGCGUCUACGUCAAGUCCAUCUCCAAGCGCGCAGAGGGCGCUGACAAGGAGAAGCAACUCCCUGGCGGCCACUUGGGUUCUUCCAUGGUCACCCACGGCGAGGACUUUGAGCCAGAUUCCGAAUUUGGCAACUGUCUGUCCUCCCUCGGCCGCGCAAAUGAGCGUCUUGCUCGCGUGCAGGAGACGUACGCGCAGGGUGCUACGUCAUCUUGGUUGGAGGGACUGGACCGCGGUCUCAUUCAGAUGAAGGAGUACCAAAAUGCACGCAAGAAGCUUGAGACACGCCGAUUAGCCUACGACACCUCCCUCGCCAAGAUGCAGAAAUCUAAGAAGGAAGACUUCCGCAUGGAAGAGGAGCUCCGGGCGCAGAAGGCCAAGUACGAAGAGACUAGCGAAGACGUCUUCCGCAGGAUGCAGGACAUCAAGGAGGCAGAGGUCGAUCUGGUCCAGGACCUGUCGGCUUUCCUUGAGGCAGAGCUCAGCUACUACGAUCGCUGCCGCGAGAUCCUGAUAAACGUCAAGCGCGAGUGGCCAGCCAGAGAGGCAGCCCCCAGCCGCAACACGCGUUCGCGCUCGAACACAGCGCACGGCUAUGCAGAACGCUUCAACCCUGUCGAAGAAGAGCCCGAGCCGUCACCUCCGCGCAUGACCAUUCCAAAGCUGGCCUCUCGCAGCCGCUCCCCAGCACCUGACAUGGCCGGCUCUCCCGGAGGCUAUGCUCUUCGUCCCGCGUUGAGCCGUACAUCGACACACGACAGCUAUGCCAACGGUCGUGACGACUCCCCCGCUCGACGAUUGUCUCGCGUACCUACCGAUUCUUCUGCCAUACCAAGUCGGAACAACCUGCGCCCCGUUCGUCAGCAGAACACAUUUGCGGACGAUUACGAGGACGACGAGUACACGGGUUCCGGCAGCAACAGACGCGACAGAUCGCCACCCAGCCCUGAUCGUUCCUCCCAGGGCAGCGGCCGCGUUAUGUCGCGGGCGGCAAGUUGGUCUCAGAACGAUGGCGGUGCCACCACACCUGGCGGAAAGCGAGCACCUCCGCCACCUCCCUCGAGGGCCAAAAAGCCACCGCCACCUCCUCCACCGAUGAAGCGAAGUGCGUUGAGUGAGACUACGGUGACGCGAUACUAGCACAGCAUAUUUACCUCUUUCUUUGCUGUUGCUGACAUGCUUGUUUGUAUAGGGCCCAUUUCCGUCUCGUCCGCAUCCGGCAGAGUCGUCACUUGGUGAUUUUGGAUCGACCGUGGAGAUUGAGCGAAAUGAGCAGAAUAAGACUGCAGCGCAGUCCAGGCGCAAUCGGCGUUGCAUCUCCUAUGUUGCUAAUCUACUUGCUCUUAUAUCACACGGCGUUCAGGGAGCGAGUGUUACACACGUAGCAAAUAUCCAAAACAUAACAUUAUACCAGCUUUCACAAGACG